GGUGUAGGGUGGAGCAAAAAAAAAAAUUCCCUGGAAUACGCUCGCAAUAUGCAAUAGCCCUUAGAAGUUAGGCUGACUAUUCGAUCAAAGAGCCUCUGACUUGUCCGAUUUACCAUUGCCAAUGACAUCAAGAAUAAGAUUGAUCACAUUUGACGCCUAUAACACAGUCUUCAAGCCGAGAGGCGGCAUCUCUGCGCAAUAUGAAAUGGAGGCUAGAAAAUUCGGCAUCAACGUGUCCAAGGAAGCUAUUAACAAGAGCUUUCGACCUGCACUAAAAGCGCAAGUUUCAAAGUAUCCUCUCUACGGAUUAAGUCAAGGCUUGAACCCCAAAAUAUGGUGGCAAGACGUGGUGCGAUCGACAUUUAUUGGAGCUGGUGCGUCUGAGAAAGAUCUUGAUGAGAAAUUCCUGGCGCUGUACGAAACUAUAUGGACCAGGUUUACAUGUGCUGAUGGAUAUGAAGUAUUUUCGGAUGUAUUCGACACUCUUAAAGAGUUGAAAUCGAGAAAGAUUACAUUGGGCGUGAUCAGCAAUUCAGACGAGCGAGUUGCGCAAGUUCUGGAAAGCCUCAAGUUGGAUUCAUAUUUUGACUUUGUGCUCACAAGCUCAAUGGCCAGAUGUGAGAAACCUGCUCGGCAGAUAUUUGAUCAAGCCUUACGACUAGGUAGUAAAUCGUCAUCGCCUAUACAAGCAUCACAAGCGCUCCAUAUCGGUGAUGAUUUGAAGAGCGACUAUUUCGGCGCUCGGGAUGCUGGCUGGCAUUCGCUGUUAUUACGACGAGAUAAGCUCUCAUACGAGGAACCCCUGACCAAUCUUCCGAGUGAUUCUGAAAACUUGCCAGUUGAAAUAACAUACAUGAAAGAGCUUCUAGGCUACAUCAAACCGCCAAAUGUAUAGCUCUUAGAUACCGGUCGAAUUACAGCUUAUAAGAAUUUUCCCACAGCAUCUUCCUUACCAGCCUGUGCGCUCAAAGCAAAGACAGUCACGUUCCAAAUGAACUGACAGUACAGCUGACGUUAUUGCCAGAUACGAGUUUUGACUUUACUUUCCUAAAUGUUGACUGACGACGAGUAUGAUUACCUCUUCAAACUU